AUGGGAAAUCUUGAACGUCUCCGACGUUUCUACAGACAUUAUGCACCAAGUAAGGUUGCAACUGCAGAGCUUGCUCUUGAGGCCUACGUUGGUCAGGAAGAAGCUAUGUUUAAAGCGUUGGAACGCAAGUAUGGUCCAGAAGCAGAUAUUCCUACAGAUCUUUCCAAGAGUACUCCCGUACCUACCGUUGCGUUACCAUCACCUUUUUUUUAUCCCGUUGUAAAUGACGAUUCCAAUACUGGAAUUAAGAUAUCUGAAGAGAAUGAUAGAAAUACUAUCGCCUUGCCGUCGGUACUGCAUUUCGACUCACUACGAAAUCGUUUAGAACGUAUUUAUGCUUUCUAUGCUCCAAAUCUUUUGGAGAGUGUAGAUUUAACCCUAGCAGCUUACGAAGGACGUGAAAAUGUAUUAUUUAGUUUACUUCAACAGAAAUAUGGACCAGAGCCAAGUGCCUUUUACCCCAUAUCUCUUAGUGGUGAAGAUAAAGGAAAUAUAGAGGAAUCUGCAGGAAUCCGAAUAGAAAUGCGAGAUCUCCACACACUUUCAUCUUACGACAUAUCAGCAGCAUUGCUAGAGGUUGGAUUUCCACGUGAUCAAGUUCCUUUGGUACUGUUGAUGUAUGGUUAUGGUAGGGAACAAUAUGCUGCUUCAACGGCUCUUUUGGUAACACUCAUUGGAAGUGCUCUUUUUGACCCUGACGAGAAGAGGGGUAUUGUUUUUCCCUACAACCAGCUUGAGCAAGUUACAGGGGUUCCACCGAGUGGGAUUGAUCACUUGGCUUUUGAGCAUAUCCUCGUUUAUCGACGCAUAUUUCUUUCCUUUCUUUCCGGCUUACGUCAACUCCAGGCACAGGAGUCAGCAGUAAGAAAUGUCCUAUGGCGGCACUACCAGGCAGCAGUGGAUAUCGUACAAUACAAAGCUGUGAUUCUUCAGGAAGCCCUUUGUUGCCUUCCUUUAGUGGAAGCAGAACUUCGAGCCAAGCUGGUUAAUGAUGAGGUAUGUAAAAGAGGAGCACUUCAGUCGUGGUUUAGACAACAACACAAUCACGUGGAUCUUUUGCUGAAAUGCAGCAGUGCACAACCACAGAAAAGUGAACGCCGCAAAUUACAGCACACGUUCUACAAAUCGAGAAGAUCGCUUUCACAUGGGAAAAGAGAAGAAACACGACCGGUUGUAGAGAGGUGGGACGACAGCAUAUAUCAACCCCUUACGCAGUCCUCUGUAAAACAAAUGCAGCAGAAAACACCAAAAACGCUAAGCACACGCAAGGCAAGUUUUUCAGUUCUUCACAACUCAGUUUGGAAACCCUCUGGAGUCACCAAUUUAAAAGCCCGUGAAUCCAUGGAAAAUGGGAAGAGUGGCUUCUGCGCACCAAGAAACGCAACACACACUACGACCAACCACCGUGGGAUAUUACAAACAAGAUACGCCUUCAAACAAGGCUCUCCUACUACACGCAAAAAUAAAACCAAUGCAGUCAAUCAUUCCAUAGUAUUCAACAAGCAAGCGCAUGGUGUCGUCUCUCAGGGUGCAUUUUCUGCUUUAAUCCAACUAUCGUAG